AUGACACCCAAGAAGACUGGGACGCGUCCCUGCGAUACGUCUAAGAAGUUAACCUCGCCAACACUCGGCCUUGAUUCAUCAAGAAAGAGCCUCCGAGGCUUCAGUCGAGAUGGCAGAGAACAUGGCCAGCGCACUUUGGAUUCUAUGUCCUGGUCACUUGCGCCGUUGGCUUCCACAAGUCGCAAGAACACUUCAUCAUCGGCACCUCUGCCACAGCCAACAGACUCGACUACUUCAUUUGAGUCUUUGAAACGCCCACCAACACCGUCCCAUCCUGUUUCAUCUCCGCAUAUGCCCUCAUUUACCUUCACUGAUGAUACCGUCGAGACUUGCUCCAAUGUCUCCGAUGACAAUCAAAAUGAUAGUUAUAACCCUGUUUCUUUCUCAUUGGACCUUGGCAACACCAGUGAUAUCACAGUCACACAACAAGAUUAUCAGGGUCGACAGCCUUUGCGCCUAGGGAAAGGUUCGUUUAAGCCAAUAAAUGGGGCAAAACACUUGGACCUAGGGCUUCCCCUUCAACCAGACAUAUCUCCGGUUAAAGAAUCGACCUCAUUCACGUCCGCCAUGAACCCCCCAUUGCCACACCAGUUAUUACAUUAUGAACGCGUUGGCCGUUGCAAUAACACAAAACAACAGGAGAAAAGUGCCCUAGUCAACGAUGCUCUCCCGCCCUCCAGCCAACUGCCAACUCUUGCUUCAUCGCAUCGAACGCCUGGAGGGUCUCCCGGAAGAAAAGCCCUCGACUAUCACUGCACAAAAGCACAAAGACAGCUGGCCAAAGAACCCGUUCCUACACGUCCUCUUCUUUCUGAAAACGACGUGAACACCCUAAGCAGCUCUCCUGCAGAGACUGACUCCAGCUCAGAUUCUGAUGUUGUUUCAGACACCAGCAUCGAAUCAACUGUCAGCCCAGAUCAAAGCGUUCUGCUUUCGUUGGACGGGCAAAAGAAGCUAUUACUCGAUCGCUUGAUGCGGUAUUUUCAUUCAGUAGUAUCGCCCACUCUGCCCCCGUUCUCGGCUACUGAAAGACCCAGUGGCUAUACCAACAGCAAUCGAGGGAACCACUGCGAAAAGCCAUCUUCAAGCAGUUCAUCUGAUACGCGAAGUUCAUAUAAAAGAAGUGACGGCAAGAGGUUUCUAGAUGACCGAGGCGAUGAUCACUCGGAAGGUGGCGGGGGGCAAAAGAGAAUACGCUUGGAAACAUCCGAGAAUGAAGAGACCGCAAGACUUGCGUGUCCAUACUACAAGAACGACCCGAUAAGUUAUCGCACUCCAAAGUGGAGGUCAUGCCCUCGACCAGGCUGGGAGACUGUUCAUCGCGUCAAGGAGCACAUUUACAGGUGCCACGCGUUGCCCAUCACCUGCCCACGUUGCCAUUCAAAAUUUGUCACGACCAGCAGGAGGGACGACCAUCUCCUAGCGGAGGAGAGAUGCCAAGUGAGAGAAAGACCCGCGUUCGAUGGCUUCGACUCGAACCAGGAAAAACUACUUCGGAGCCGAAAGCAAAGAAAGAAGCAUUCCAGCGAAGCCGAUAAGUGGAGAGAGGUGUACCUCAUUCUGUUCCCGGGUACUUGCCGUGAUGAAAUCCCAAAUCCAUAUCUUGUAGGAGAGGAAGAGGCGGAGUCUGCAGUCUUAAAGUAUAAUGAGUUUAUGAUGAAAGAGUUGCCCAAGAAGGUCUCUCGCGAACUGGGAAUUAGGAUCGCACAGGCUUUUGAGCCCCUGGAGGAGUACCUCAGGAGCCAACUAGAGGACAUCGUCAGAGAUGCGCACAAGGCGCUGUCUCGCAGCUUCUUCUCCGCAAAUACUGAGACGCUAAAUCAGGAAGAGGUAUCCGGAUCUCCCAAGGGUACCGAAAAUGCAGGGGCAGAGGAAGAGGAGUCUUCUGACGGUCAUGAAUGGAGGCUUGGCAGGCAGCUUGACGCGUUCAAGCCCACAGGCUCCCCUGCGAAUGAAUUGGAUAACUGGGAUGACCUGUUCAAUCUCCCGCCUGAUAUUUUACCCUACUCAGGACAGCAAGCUGAAGGCAGUCUGUUCGAUGCAAAGGACUUUGAGGGCGCUUCGCCGCCUGACUCUCAGAACACCUCUAGCAGUGCCCAAGUAUUCUCCUCGGAUGAGUAUGGCUCAGCAUACGCAUCAAUGUCAUCUAGAUCUAGCCUUUCCAAACGACGAGAUGAGAGUUGGUAG